AUGCACCGAUUUUGUAACCCAUUUGACAAAAAAAAAAACGACUUUGAACUCUAGGGUUUAAGUUGUGUUGAAUCGGAAGGAACAUCUCUUUGGAUCGUUGUGACCCCUCAAAAACAGAGACUCCAAUGUCGGGCAGCCGUGGCCGAAUAGGAAAUGAUAAAGGUAAAGGUAAGGUGAGAGAAACAUCGCCUGAACAAUCAAGUCCCAAUUUUGUGCGACGGAUUGUAGAGUAUGAAGAUAGGACAAUGAAGUCUCAUGGUAAAGGCAUAUUAACCAAGGAUGCAUUGGCAAAAAUAAAAGAUGUUUCAUCAGGUAGUAAAAGAGCACGUGAUGCAGAAUCCGACCUUGAUAAAUUCGGUAAGCUGAAAAAGACGAAUAUUCUACAGUAUAAAGAACCACGGAAAGAUACUGAAAAAGGAGAUGAUAAGAGAAGAAAGUACAAGAAAAUGGAGAUACAACCGAAGGGCGAUUAUCCCACCUUGUGUACAAGGUCCAGUCCACGAUGCCUAUUUGAUGCAGUUCGCAAUAUGAAUAAUAGGCAAAUAAAAGCUGUGCAAGAAAUGGGGUUUGGCAAUGUUUUAAACUUGAACAUCAAAAUGAAAACAUAUUAAAUUAAUGUUUCUGUUAUUAAAUUUAUUGCAUUUGAAAAACAUAUUAAUGGUUAAAGUAGAAAAAUGAAUAACUGCUAAGCGAUUCUAGU